AAAAUGUUAUUCAAAUGUUAUUUUGUUUUGAAUUUGUGAUUAUUUUUUGAAUUUUAAUAAUUUUAUCUUUUUUAAUUGUGUCUCGGAUUUUGAUUUGUAUUUUAUUGUAUUUUUCAAUACGCUUGUAAAUUACUGACUUUAAUUCAAUCCUAACUUUUAGUUUUGUAUUCAUCACUAAGCUUAUAAUGGAUCCUGAACAAAAUUUUGAUAAAUUCUGUCUUAAACGAAUUUUGAUGAAUGAUACACAUCGCAAAAUGAUUGCUGUUGAAGGCAAUUUUGAAGGACAUACAGAACCCGUUGUUGUUGUUAUGGAAAAAUAUGCUUUUGAUGAAGCUUCUGUUUUAAAUGUGUGCAACGCCCAGACUAAAUUCAAAAAAAAUGUGGAUAAUGAUGUUUAUAAAUCACUAAGUUGUGUGCCACAAUAUGAUGAAAACAUUCCUUCCAAUAAAAUGGAUAUAAUAUACCCUGCGACAGACAAACAUAUUUUAAAAUUUUCGAGUCAACCCAUGUAUUUUGUGCAAGAAACUGAAGAAAUGUAUCAAACUAUAACUCUACAUCAUAUCUUGAAUAACAGUUUUUCACUACAAUGGCUAUACAAUUGCUUAGAGUAUAAAUCAGAAAAAGAAAGAAUAACAUAUGAUACGGCUUCUGAAAAUCAAAAAGAUGAUGAAGAUAAUGGCUUUUUACUGCUACCAGACUUAAAAUGGUCCGGCAAAUUGAAUGAAUUGUACUUGUUAGCAAUUAUCAAAAAGAGAAACAUUAAGUCACUAAGAGAUUUAACGAUUGAUCAUUUACCGUUAUUAAAAAAUAUUUUAACCAAAGGAUCAGCUGCUAUUUAUAAAUUAUAUGGAAUUCAACAAUCUCAAUUACGCAUUUAUGUCCAUUAUCAACCAUCAUUCUAUCAUUUUCAUGUUCACUUUACAUACUUGAUGCAUGUACCUCCAGGAAUAAAUGUCGGAAAAGCUCAUUUACUUACAACGAUAAUUAAUAAUAUUGAAAUGCAAGGCAACUUCUAUCAAAAAGCCACAUUAGAUUAUGUUAUUAAGGAAAGUGAUCCGUUGUUUAAUCUAUUUGAAGAAAAAGGAAUUCUUCGUAGAGCCAAACCUAUUGAUGAAAUUAACAAUGUAUAAAACAGCAACUUAAUAUCUAUAUAUUUUAAACUUCAAAUCAGUCAUUUACAUUUUGUGUUAUAUAUGUUUUAAUAAAUAAUAUUAUAAAAUGUAUCAAAAUUAUUGUACUCAUAACAACAAACGUGUGAUAUAAGCAUACAUUCUUAUACUGAUUUAAAAUAUUAAUAGUUAAUGAAAAGUUUAGUUAAUGAUUAUAAAAUUAGUACUUAUUUUAUAGUUGUAAUAUUUAAAUAAUGCAUGAUUAAAUAAUACAUAGCACAAUACUACAAUAGUACAUCCUUAUUAUGUCAAAUUUUGUGUAAUCUCAAACUCAAUUGAAAUCUCCUUGAAAUAAUUAUCAUUAGAAUAUUAUUACAAUAGUCAAUAAUACUCAGAUCUUGAACUUUUGUUUGUUUCUCUUGAGUUUCGACAUAACGAGAGUUUACUGUACUAAUUUUACAUUAAUUUUGUAUCAUAAUUUAUGAGUUUAUGUUCUUAUGUAACAAGACAAGUAACUAGUAACUACUGCAAUUAAA